AUGACGAUGGUUUUCAUAUUUAACGUAUUAUUGCUGUUAUCGGCUACUAUUCACGCGGUAACCGUGUUGCCUUCCACGCAAAUCUUGUCUGAACAACUCCCUUCACACACAAUUAUCGCUUCGUCAACAAUUCAACAAGAUCAACAAGUUAUUGAUAUCCAACAAUCAUCCGCUACUACUCUUGAAAAACGUUACAGAAAUGUCGUGGUUCCAACUUCAAAAUCGUCAUCAACUGAUGCUCCUCCAGAAUCUUGGAUACGAACUAUCUCUUCCACGAUUGUUGAGGUGGUCCAUCCAACGGUCAUUGCCGGUGUCACAUUCAGUGCCAAACCAACUACAUAUAAUGGCCUAACUCCAUGGAUUUCACUUAAUAAGCAAGGGGUCCCAAAGACAAUUAUGCCUAAGGUCAAGGGCGGAGUCACCAAAGACGACAUUCCAGAUUACAAGACGUAUUUCCAAACCGCAACCACGAUCAUCCACGAUAAUAAGAACUUGAAAGCCCACAAUUUGGACGAAGACGAUACUUUUACGGAGAUCAAGUGGAUAGACGAAGAUGACUCUUAUGUUUCCUUGAAUCCACUUGUCCGUUGUACUCCAGAUCGUUAUUUCAAUAAAGGUCUCGCCAAGGACGUUACCAGCGAGCCAUUCUGUACCCCAGCAGAAAACUCCAACCUCGACAUGGACAAGACCUACUUUAUCACUUGGUAUACUAGAUAUUUUGAAGAAGCUAAGAAGGUCAGAAUUCAUCUUGCUUAUGUCAAGGAGAAGGCCAAAUCUAAAGGUAUGAGUAAGAGAGAUUCAAUGGGCCAAGAUCUCCAUGACAUGUACGAAAUUGUCAAGAAGGACUCAAUGCUUGCUUCUGGCACAAAAUUGGCUUUCUUCAGUAGUGAUUGGAUGAUCAAUAGAGAUGGGUACUUCCCAUUGACGGUUGAUGAGAAAUUUUUGAAAGGUCAAUAUAGCAAAAAUGCCAUUAUCACCAUCCAACCAGAUUACAUCGAUGAUGAGGACUUUGAUUUACUAUCUAACGGAGUGGUUGUUAAUCUUAGAAAGGGCGCGGUGGUGGCCAAGAAAUCAAAAGAACAAUUGGCUCUUGAAGACGAUGGAAUUGGUGAUGACGAAAACAAGUAUAUUGUACUCAUGACCAUGCCUACUGUGGUUGUUGUUGCAUGCUGUAUCAUGUACUUCUUAACCCAGUUAUGCUCUGGUGAUAGAGACGUCGCUAGUAUUAGAAGAAAAUACUACAAGAGCAGGUUCCAUAAAGUCUUGGGGAAACCAAAGAAGCUUUUCAAGAAGUCAAAAUCAAAGAAGGGUUACAAUAACCUACCACAAUUCGAGGAACACGAAAUGAACUCUUACAAGCAAAAUUGA